AUGAAGGUUCUUAUUCAUCUUCUGACGGCCAGUAUGGCCAGUGCCCACACCAUUUUCUCGUCCCUCGAGGUGGGCGGCACGAACCAGGGCGUCGGCAACGGCGUUCGCGUUCCCUCCUACAAUGGCCCUAUCGAAGAUGUUACCUCCAGCUCUCUCGCAUGCAACGGCGCCCCCAACCCCACGACGCCUACUUCCAAGGUCAUCACCGUUCAGGCCGGGCAGAACGUUACCGCUAUCUGGCGUUACAUGCUCAGCUCUACCGGCUCUGCGCCCGCGGAUGUCAUGGACAGCAGUCACAAGGGCCCGACCAUCGCGUAUCUGAAGAAGGUCAGCGACGCUACUACCGAUUCGGGCGUCGGAGAUGGCUGGUUCAAGAUUCAGCAGGACGGCUACAGCGGUGGCGUUUGGGGAACCGAAAAGGUCAUCAACGGCCAGGGACGCCACAGCAUCAAGAUUCCAGAGUGUAUCGCUCCUGGCCAGUAUCUCCUUCGCGCGGAAAUGAUUGCCCUGCACGGUGCUGGCAGCUACCCGGGUGCCCAGUUCUACAUGGAAUGUGCUCAGAUCAACGUUGUUGGAGGUACUGGCACCAAGACUCCCUCGACUGUCAGCUUGCCUGGCGCGUACAAGGGUACCGACCCUGGAGUUACGAUCAACAUCUAUUGGCCCCCGGUUGAGUCCUACACGAUUCCCGGCCCAAGCCUGUUCACUUACUUCUACCUUUUCCUAGUGAUGGUGGCGGAAAGCCUACAUCCUUUGAUUCAGAUAAGAUGUCGGAAAAACUCAUUUACUCCUGAUUGCUACCCCCUACCGCCCCCACACCCCCUGUGUCUGUUGGAUAACGGAGAUACGGCACAAUAUUGGUAUUGCUUGGCCACCUUCAACGACAACUUUGGAAAGCACAGUGGACUUGAGAACUUUACCACAUCCGGACCAACAGAAGCAAUCAAAUCCCACGAAUCUAGUCAUACAAGUGGCAUGUUGGGCGCUCGAACCAGACACAAAAGCUUACACUUACCCGUUGAGAUUCUACUUCGAAUAGCUCCUCAUCUCGAAUCCGGCUAUGAAUCUUCAGACCUAGCAGAAUGGCAGAAGGGUCUGGAAUUGAUCGCCCGGAGAAAUCUUUGGAUUUUCUGUCUCGUUGGCCCAGCAUGGCGGGCAGUUGGCCAGAUGUUUCUGUUCCGACACUAUAGGGCGACAAAAACUUUACCGCUGUUUGUCAGGUCUCUCGUUGAGUGCCCUGACCUUGGAGAACUUGUGGAAUCUGUUUGUCUAGACAGCUUCUCUUAUGAAACCCUGCGUGGAUAUCAAGAAGCGACGAUGCUAUUGAAAAAAAGAAGCAAACAGCUUGGAAUUGAGUUUCCCCGCGAUGAGGAUACGACGAAUCUGCCAAAGUGGAUUGUCACAGGCAACGAAGUCCAGUCAUUCUUGGCGACUAUGUUGCUGGCACACACGACUCGGGCGAAGCACGUAAAGCUGCCAGUACAAUGGUCGGGUGAAGUUUUAAAGAACCUCGUGGUUGCUGAGAGCUUAUCAACAGUUACAUCGCCACAAAACCCACGCACCCGAUUCAAAAAUCUAGUACACUUGACCCUUGGCAAACCGGAUUCUCCAGGAGGAGGAGGGCGGGAGUUCCUCCACGACACCAUUGAAUACUCUUGCGCGCUUCAACUCGCGCCAAACCUGACCUCUCUCGCUCUCUUCGACUUCAUUCCAAUCAAGUCUCCUCUAGGCCUCAGUUUUGAUAAUCUGUUCGCAAACCUUACGAGUCUAAAAAUUGGUGGAAGCCCGCGUAGCACACAAUCGUUUGUGGACCACUAUAAGUCGAUUUGCAGAGUCUGCAGAAUUCUGGAAGAGAUUCAGAUUAUCAUGCCGCAGCACCCCGGCCGAAUAGCUAGUUUGCUAGAUUCAUUACAGCCUUUCGCACCUACUCUCAAACGGCUACGACUGAGCAUUGAUAUAGGUACUAUGCCUAUUGAGCAUCCAUUGUGGGAGUGGGACGGCCUGGAUAUGUUGCAACAACUCACCCGUCUGGAUACUUUGCGAGUAGAUUUCAACCACGCCCUCUGUCGCGACCAUUCCACGCCCUUUCCACGCGAGGCCGUCCGACCAGAGGCGUUUUUCGAUUCAUUGCCGAUUUCACUGCGUACGUUAUUUUUGCCAGGGUGCAACUGGGCCAUUAGAAAUCCGAUGGAUCACACGAGUCGACGUGAGUACCACACAAUGGAGAGAUUGGUAACAAGGAUACGACGUGGUGAUCUUCCGGAAUUCCGAACCCUGCACAUCGCUUGCAACCGUCGAGCUCCAUCCCCUUUCUUCGGACAACUUGAGAAUUUGGGAGUCGAAGUUGUUCAUUACAAUCAUCAUGCGACAUUGUGUGGUGGUGACCUUGCAGCUCUGGAUGUUGAGAAUUGGAGACUACUCUAG